AUGGCGUGUUGCCUAUCUGAGGAGGCCAAGGAACAGAAGCGCAUCAACCAGGAGAUCGAACGACAGCUGCGGCGUGACAAGAGAGACGCCCGGCGAGAGCUCAAACUCCUGUUGCUCGGUACUGGUGAAUCAGGGAAAUCCACAUUUAUCAAACAAAUGCGGAUUAUCCAUGGUUCUGGUUACUCCGACGAAGACAAAAGAGGGUUCAUCAAACUAGUAUACCAAAAUAUAUUCAUGGCCAUGCAGAGUAUGAUCAGGGCCAUGGACAUGCUCAAAAUACAUUACUCUGAUCCAUCAUGUUCUGAACGUGCGGAGCUCAUUAAAAGUGUAGAUUUUGAAACCGUCACGACAUUUGAAAGUCCAUACGUCGAAGCGAUCAAAGCACUCUGGGGAGACUCUGGCAUUCAAGAAUGUUAUGAUCGCAGGCGCGAAUACCAGCUCACAGAUUCUGCUAAAUAUUAUUUAAUGGAAAUAGACAGAGUGGCCAGUCCAAAUUAUCUGCCCACAGAACAAGACAUACUUAGAGUAAGGGUACCCACGACGGGCAUUAUCGAAUACCCGUUCGAUCUAGAAGAAAUUCGGUUUAGGAUGGUCGAUGUUGGAGGCCAGAGAUCAGAAAGACGAAAAUGGAUCCAUUGUUUUGAGAAUGUAACAUCCAUCAUAUUCUUGGUGGCACUUAGUGAAUAUGAUCAGAUUCUUUUUGAGUCCGAAAACGAAAAUAGGAUGGAAGAAUCCAAAGCAUUAUUCAAAACUAUCAUAACAUAUCCUUGGUUCCAACACUCAUCAGUAAUAUUGUUUUUGAACAAAAAGGAUCUUCUCGAAGAGAAAAUCAUGUAUUCUCAUCUGGUUGACUACUUUCCAGACUUUGAGGGUCCUCAAAGGGACGCCAUAAGUGCACGAGAGUUUAUACUAAGGAUGUUUGUGGAUUUGAAUCCCGAUAGUGAGAAAAUAAUUUAUUCACAUUUCACAUGUGCCACAGAUACCGAAAACAUUAGAUUUGUCUUUGCGGCAGUGAAAGACACCAUACUACAAUCCAAUCUCAAAGAAUACAACCUUGUGUAA